UCUCUCUCUUCAUCCAUGGAAGUUAACCUCUCUCUCAACCGCCACCGCGCCCUCUCUCUCACCUCCAGCGCUCCCUCUCUCUCCGCUCUCCGCUCGCACUUCCUCGCCUCCACUCACUCUCUCCGUCUUCCUCCCUCGCCACCCUCCCUUCGCUCCCGGAACAAACGCACCACCAGCCGCAACUUAGGCUUCCUCCGCUUCCACUCCCCGCGCUUCGUCUUCAAGGCCUCCUUCCAUUCCCACUCCGUCGUCGUCCUCGUCAUCGUCGUCACUUUAUCCGCCGUUUCCUGGCUCCACUUCACUCUCACCAAGAAAAAAAACAAGUCACUUAACCAGACACGGGGGCUUACGAAUUUCGCAUUAUCGCCUCAGGGAACUAAUGUUGGGAGUCAGGUCAUUGAUGGCGAGAUUCUUGGUUUUACGGAAUUUCAAAGGGAUAACACGCUGACUGAGAUUGGGAAGUUGAAGGAUCACCAUGGGGAAGAGUACCGGGUCUUUGAGGAAAACGAGAUCCACCUCCCGUUUUUGAAAUCUUCAGUGGUACAAGAAGUGGCCAUCGCCACCGAGACUUCAGAGUCAUCUUCUGUUUUUGACUCUGGUUUGAAUAAUAAUAAUAAUAAUAGUAAUAGUUCCAAGGUAUUGGAUGAGUCUUUUUUAUCUGUCGCUUUCUCAUCAACUUCGUUACCACCUCUAGAGUUUGCUGAGGAAAUGGCUAUACAAGUGGAAGAAAGUCAAGAUAAAGUUAACUCUGAUCCCGAGUUGCCUUUAAUUGACGUCGAAUCCGAGCAUACUGCUUCGUCUGUUCGCGUAAACAACGCACUGGCGACUGUUGGUGGACAUACUAAAGAAAAGGUUGAGCUUGGUGCCAUCAAUGGUGACGUCCUUUUUGGGGAGUCAGUUAGGGAAGGGCUGUACAUGUUUUAUGAGGUUAACAAGCCUGCAACUGGAUCUAUGACACCGCUGAGUGGUGUAAAGUCAUUAUCUCCCCGUGCUUCUUUUAUGAAAAAAAAACGGUCGCCCUCAGUGAUGGGAAAUGCCACACUGAAAGGAACAGGGUUAUCUACAGAUAUUCCUCUACAAGAUGCAGAACAUGUCAAAGGAGCAGCUGAACUUUCCAGUCAUAAUGGCUACCCUCUGCUACAUGUGAGUAAAAACUUGAGGAGGGGCAGAAGCUCUUCAAGAGACAGGGAAAGGACCAACAUGGAUUACAAUAAUAACACAGUUUUUCCCCAGGCUCACUCAAUGAAGAUGCAUAUUGAUCUGAAAAAUGAUCAAAUCAUGGUGCCUGAUGAUCAGAAAAAUGAUCCUUCAAAGCAUCUAAGCAAAUAUAAUAAUUUGCUAAAACUUGGGAGGCUACAUGAAUGUGUAGAAGUGCUUAAACAUAUGGAAACAAAGGGUUUAUUAGACAUGACUAAGGUUUAUCAUGCCAAGUUUUUUAACACCUGCAAGAAACGAAAGGCCGUUAAAGAAGCUUUUGAUUUCAUUAAGCUCAUUCCAAAUCCAACGCUGAGUACAUUUAACAUGCUUAUGUCGGUGUGCGCAAGCUCCCAAGAUUCAGAAAGGGCUUUCCAUGUUUUGCAGCUUCUUAAGAAUGCUCAACUAGAACCUGAUUGCAAACUUUAUACCACUCUGAUAUUAACUUGUGCAAAGAGUGGGAAAGUUGAUCUAAUGUUUGAAGUGUUUCACAAGAUGGUUAAUUCUGGAGUGGAACCUAACGUUCAUACCUAUGGGGCACUUAUUGAUGGCUGUGCUAGAGCUGGGCAAAUAGCCAAAGCAUUUGGCGCUUAUGGAAUACUGAGGUCAAAGAAUGUGAAGCCAGAUCGUGUAGUAUUCAAUGCACUUAUAGCUGCUUGUGCCCAAUCAGGAGCUGUAGAUCGUGCUUUUGAUGUUUUAGCAGAAAUGGCAGCUGAAACGCAGCCCAUUGACCCUGAUCACGUAACAAUAGGUGCAUUGUUGAAGGCAUGCACUAAAGCUGGUCAGGUUGAUCGUGCAAAAGAAGUGUACAAGAUGGUACAAAAAUAUAGCAUAAAGGGAUGCCCCGAAGUUUACACCAUUGCCAUUAAUUCGUGCAGCGAAACAGGGGAUUGGGAAUUUGCUAUUGCUGUAUACAAUGACAUGACCCAGAAAGGGAUCCUCCCAGAUGAGAUAUUUCUGAGUGCACUGAUAAAUGUUGCUGGUCAUGCUAAAAAUCUGGAUGCUGCCUUUGAUGUUCUACAAGAAGCCCGUGAAAGAGGAAUACGAAUUGGAAUAACAUCAUAUAGCUCAUUGAUGGGUGCAUGUAGUAAUGCAAGAAAUUGGCAGAAAGCAUUGGAGCUAUAUGAAUAUCUUAAGUCUCUUAAAUUGACAAUAACAGUUUCAACAGUUAAUGCUUUGCUCACUGCACUGUGUGAUGGAGAUCAAUUUCAAAAGGCUUUGGAAGUUUUUUUUGAAAUGAAAGGAUUAGGAUUGUGCCCAAACAGUAUCACAUUCUCGGUACUUAUAGUGGCAAGUGAGAAAAAGGAUGAUAUGGAGGCAGCUCAAAUGCUUCUUUCUGAAGCCAAAAAAGAUGGUGUAGUCACUAAUCUCAUAAUUUGUCGAUGCAUAAUUGGAAUGUGCCUGCGAAGAUUUGAGAAGGCUUGCAUUGUUGGUGAGCCUGUUUUAUCUUUUCACUCAGAGCGGCCGCAAGUUGAUAAUAAAUGGACAUCGCUGGCCUUAAUGGUGUUUCGUGAAACAAUUGAAGCUGGUCAAAAACCUACAAGUGAAAUAUUGUCACAAAUUCUGGGCUGCCUGCAACUUCCUUAUGAUACAUCUCUGAAAAAUAGACUUGUUGAGAACCUAGGAGUUAGUGCAGAUACUUCAAGAGGAUCAAACCUCUGUUCAUUAAUUGAUGGAUUUGGUGAAUACGAUCCUCGUGCUUUCUCUAUACUUGAGGAAUCUGCUUCAUAUGGAGUUGUUCCAUUUGUAUCAUUUAAAACGAGUCCCAUUGUUAUUGAUGCUAAAGAAUUACAUGCUUCUACUGCUGAGGUGAGUUAAUCUAACUCCUACCUUGAUUAUUUAUGUUUCAUAAAAAGUUUGCAUUUUAACUUUGAAAGGCUAGAGAAAGAGGGAACUGUACGUGUGGGAUUCAUUAACUCAACUGCAUUUGGGAAUUACAAUCCUUGAAUUUCUAUAUAUAGAAAUCAGGUUCAGUGUAAGUAACGUACCCAAGCCUGUCCCAUAGUUUAUGAAAGCUGAAAUAUGCUCUCUAUAUUCCUAAAUUCACUAACAAGUCUAAAAUUAACAUAUUUUUUAGCAGAAAAAAAGUGCUUUACAGUGGGUAUACAUGACAUACACGAUCUUCUUGCAUAGCCGACAUAAGCUUACUGUGUUCCAGGAUUAGCUAACAAGUUUAAAAUGCAGAAAAAAAGGCUUUAGAGUCACUGGACACAUAAUUAGCAC